AUGGCAUGUUGGAAAAUUUUAGUUACUCUACUUGUGUUAUUUCUUCUAUCCUUUCCGGUAACAAACUGCAUUAAAACUGCUUCUUUACUUCUCACAAACACUACUGAAGGCAAAGUGAGAUGUGGUGAGAGUGAGAGGAAUUCUCUAUUAAGAUUCAAGCAAAGUCUCACAGAUCCCUCUGACCGACUGGCUUCUUGGGUUGGCAAAGAAUGCUGCAUCUGGAAAGGUGUUUUUUGUGACAUACAAACUGGGAAUGUCAUCAGUCUUGAUCUCAACGAUAGAACAAGCAAUUGCUAUAUGAAGAAAAUGGGAUAUUUGAUUCCAGGAAAUUCAACAUGCUUGGGUGGCAACAUAAGUCCUGCUUUACUUGAAUUGCGAUACUUGCAGUAUUUAGACCUUGGUGGUAAUGACUUCAAAGGACUUGCCACUCCCACUUUCUUAGGUUCUCUUGAAAAUUUACGGUAUCUUAACCUCACCCUUUCAUCUCUUAUUGGUGUUCCUCCUUCCCUUGGAAAUCUAUCAAAUUUGCAGUAUCUAAGCCUCCGUGGGCAUGCCUAUCCUUACGAUACUGUUGAAAGGAGUUGGGUCAAAGAUCUGAGUUGGGUUUCCUGUCUGUCUUCUUUGAAGUAUCUUGAUCUUUCUUAUGUGAACCUUUCUUCGGCAAUACGUUGGUUUGAGCCUAUUAAUAAGUUGCCAUCCUUAGUGACUCUCAGUUUGCAAAGUUGUAGUCUUCGCUAUCUCCCUUACUCCUUACCCAAGUGGAAUAUGACUUCCCUUUCUUAUCUCUCCCUUUCAGGCAAUAACUUCGAUACCUAUGUUCUUCCUAAAUGGUUGUCUAAUGCCACCACCCUUGAGACACUUUGUAUGAAAUACAGCAACAUCCAAGGCCCAAUAUCAAAUGUUGAAUGGGGUAAACUCUCUAAUUUGCGGAUGUUGUAUCUAAGGCAGAAUAAAAUUAGUGGAGACAUAAGUCGAGUGGUGGAAGGUUUAUCCACCGGGAGCAACAUGACUAUAGAGGUAUUAUAUCUUGCCCAAAAUUCAUUGACAGGGCAAUUGCCAAAUUCUUUAGGACAUUUGAAGAACAUAAGGGCGCUUGAAAUUUCUUAUAACAUGAUAUCAGGCACGAUUCCAGCAUCUAUUGAGCAGUUGUCAGGGUUGGAGAUUUUGAACUUGGGAGGGAAUCAACUGAAGGGAGCUCUACCUGAGAGUAUUUUUAAUUUUUCUGAAUUAACUCUGUUGCAGCUGACAACAAAUGCUUUGGAAGGCAACCUUUCACAAAAUCACUUUGCAAGACUCCAUCAACUGAAACUGUUGGCCGUAUCGUGUGGUAGAAGUUUCACUGUCAACUUGAGCAAUGAAUGGGUUCCUCCAUUUAGCCUCUCAUGUAUAGAGCUUAGAAGUUGCAGUUUGGGUCCUAAGUUCCCAACAUGGCUAAAAACUCAAAAGCAACUUGAGAUUGUUAUUCUCACCAAUGUCUCCAUUUCCGAAUCUACACCUCCUUGGCUUUGGUUGAUGUGCUCACAAUUUCGUUAUCUUGAUCUAUCAGAUAAUCAAAUUGGCGGAAGUCUUCCGAGGGUAGUAAGCUUUCCAUCGACAUGCCAAAGGUGGACAGUGGGGUUCUACUUUAGUUACUAUUAUGGUGUCGUGGUGGACUUGAGUUCCAAUCGCUUUCAUGGUUUGUUACGUCUUUGGCCAAAUAUGACACAUUUGAAUCUUGCUAACAACUUGUUUUCAGGAUCUAUACCCUAA